UCAUUAUUGUUUUAUCAAUCUGUGGUUGUCAGUUUAAAGAGUCUUCAGUUUUCCCAAGAUUUUCACAAAUUUUCAACCAUCUCGUUCUAUUUUAGGACGUAUGAGUGAUAAGAGAUUUCUAAUUAUCCGUUAAUUCUCAUUAGUAAUGAGUUUUGUCAUAGAAUAAAUCAUGUUAGUGUGAAGAUAGUUCUAUGAAUAGUGCGGAGGUUCGAGUACGGGGAUUUGUCGCUAGUGCUCAAUAAUAUGCUAUGGAAAUGCAAGAGUUGGAAGGGACGAUGGCUGUGUGUGCUGCUGAUGGUGAUAGUGCUACCGAUACUGGCUGCACAAAAGAUCGGUGACCCUUAUAAAAUUCUCGGCAUCCAUCGAAGGGCAAGUCUACCUGAAAUACGCAAAGCGUACAGGCAAUUAGCUAAAGAAUGGCAUCCUGAUAAAAACGAAGAUCCAAAUGCUGAGUCUCGAUUCGUUGAGAUAAAGCAAGCAUAUGAGUUGCUAUUGGACACAGAGAGACGGCAGGCUUAUGACUUGUAUGGCAUAACAAAUGAAGACGAUCACAUGUACAAACAGAGACACGAUUAUAGCCAAUAUGCUAGAUUCAGCAACGACCCAUUUGACUACUUUGGCACGCACUUCAGAACCCAAGACCAAGACAUUACUUUAUUCCACAAGUUGUCUAUUACAGCGAGACAUUUCGAAAACAAUAUCUUAGAGAAGAGUGUUCACACACCUGCACUGGUUUUAUUCUAUACUGACUGGUGCUUCGACUGUGUUCGAUCAGCUACUGCUUGGAGACGGCUUGUUGAAGCACUACAACCGUUAGGGGUGACGCUCGCAACUGUCCAUGCGGGACAUGAAGCUAACUUGGCAAGGCGGAUAGGUGUUCAUGGAGUUCCAUGUCUCACUUUGAUACUUGAUAAACAAGUGUACUUAUAUAAGGAGAGCUUGUCAUCUUUGCCUAAGAUAUUGGAUUUCAUUCGUUGGAAAUUCCCAUACAAACAAAUCAGUCACCUGACCGAUCGUAACGUGGAUGUGUUUGUGAGCGACUUCGAAGACAACAAGGUUAAGGCUCUGAUAUUCGAGGAGCGGCAAGUCAUUCGCCUUCGAUACUUGAUCACCGCUUUUCAUUAUCGAGAUCGGGUUUCGUUCGCUUUCGUGGAUAUAUCCGCCCAAAACACCCAAAAAGUGACAGCCCGGUACAAGAUCCAGCGCAGCAUGGACACCAUGGUGCUGCUCAAGGAGGACAGCGUGGAGCCCGCCGCCACCGUCAGCACCACGGAGAUACCGUCGCAGACGCUGCGCCAGUUGAUAGAGGCCAACCAGAUGCUCACGCUGCCGAGGCUGUCGUCGCAGAGCGUGCUGGACAGCGUGUGCCCGGUGGAGUGGCGCGCGGCGCGGCGGCGGCUGUGCUGCGUGCUGGUGGCGCGCGAGCGCGCGCACGCGCAGUCGCUGGCGCAGCUGCGCGCGCUGGCCCGCCGCGCGCCCGAGCGCCUCAAGUACGCCUACGUGUACGCGCACGCGCAGCCCGACUUCGUCGACGCGCUCGCCAACGGCUCCGGUAUCGACAUAUCGACGCUCGAACAUCGUAUCGUGGUGAUCUGGCGUCGCGAGGCGACUCGCAUCCAGUACGAGUGGCUCAACGAGACUUGGCCCACGUGCAGCCAGUGCCGACCCGACGAGCUGGAGGAGGGAGCCGCCCGGGGGGAGGAGGCCGUGAGAUACCACGAGAGGUUGAACGAGACGAAGAGGGCACUGGAGCAGCUCGUGAAGAGAUUGCUCAAGCCCAACGAGGUAGUGGCGUAUGAAACUCGCGUUAAGGAACUGGUGGACGAGGCGGUGAAGGGCCCGCUGUGGCGCGCCGUGUGGCGGCUGUGCGAGUGGGCGGAGCGCGCGCUGUCGGCGCUGCGCACGCAGCACGCGCUGUCCGCGCUGUCCGUGCUGGCCACCGUGGCGCUCGUGCUGGCCGCCGGGUACUUCAUGGCCUACCUCAUACGGGUAGAAGAGGAAUCGGUCCAACGCCAGAAGGAGGAAAGACGUCGACAGAACGGCACGAAGCGAAACAACAAUGACCAACAGUCGGAGAUGCGACUGCACGAGCUACGAGCUGAGAAGUAUAAUGGUCUAGUCAGGUUGCUUAAGCCAGGUUGUCGAACUAUCGUCCUAUUGGUCGAUGGGCAGAGUCGAGUGCAGUUGUUGUCGAAAUUCCAUAAGAUUGUAUGGCCUUAUCGAAAGAACAAGACGCUGCUGUUCGCGUACCUGUGCGUGGACCGGCACGUGGAGUGGUUCCGGCGCGUGCUGCAGCUGUCGCUGGGCGGCGGCGAGCUGCGCGUCAACGCGCGCAACUGCGUGGGCACCGUGCUGGCGCUCAACCCGCACCGGAAGUACUUCUGCAUCUACCACGCCAAGCACCCCGAGUGCGCCAAGCCGCACAAGCGCAUGAGCCGCAUGACGGUGUCGCUGGGCGGGCGCGCCGCGGACCCGGAGGCGGGCGCCUUCAUCGGCUUCACGACCGACCCGGACUCCUCCGACGACGACCGCUACGACCCACCGCUGCUGCUGCAAGAGAACCUUUUGGAUGGACUCGGAAAUUGGCUGGAUCGACUGUUCGAAGGGAGCACCCACCGAUACUACGUCAACUACUGGCCGGAUAUGACGACCAAGUGAAUUUAUACAUAAAAACUCCUUGGUUAUCCCGAAGCCUUAUUAUGGGCUAUUUUUUUUGUUUAAAUGAUGAGUUGGCUGUUUAUGUUUAAAGGAAACGGAGGUACCUUUUCAGCCUUUUUUAUCUGUAAGCGAAAUAUACUGCCCAGGUAUAAUAAGAUUUUUUGGACCACUUAAGUGGUAGGUUGGUGUUUUGGCGUUCAUGGUAUAUUGAUGUUGAUAUUCUCGAUGACGUAACAUAAAGCUAUUCUUUUGUUUUUUGAGUGAACCAGCAAAAACACGAUACUCUAUCCUAUUGAAAUAGGUGUAAAGAUAAACAAACCUUAUAUUUACAUAUUCCGUGUGAUUCGCUAAUAAUAACAAACAAUUCUUAAUUUAUAUUUUUAUUUCAACAUAACUACUGAUGUCCACUUUAGUUCAUAGACCAUAACUUCACGUCACAGAAUAUUCAAGAUCUCGAUUGAUGACAUUGCAUCAAUGCAUUGUCUGUCUUGUUUAUUUUUCUAUAUUCCUAUUAUUGCAAUAAUUUUUAUUGAUCCUGCAUGAAAAUCAAUGAAUACUAACUCCACGAUAUUUUUUAUUGUCUAUGUAUGUAGACUGUUACCAAAUAAUAAGCCUUAUUUAUUGUUUUUUUUUGUCAUGUCAUAUACAUUUAUUAAUCGGUAUAAUCAAAUGUAUCUGUAGUAUUUUACUAUAGCCGUUGCCCGAGGAUUUACUUUGUUGAAAAGACAUACAAUCUCAAAUGCUGGCAACAUUCUGUAGACUAAACUAAUUUGGUCAAUAGACUAUCUCUUUCUCAUGUAGGGAUAAAAAGCAUGUGAGUCUCGAAUUAAUUUGUUUUCAAUCACUACUAAUAUAAUAUUUAACAUCAAUAUACAGUGAAUGUUUAUAGGAUAGGUUAUGGUGCCUGUCUAUUUGAUAGUUAUUGAUAGUAUCACGUUAGAGGCACAGUCUGAUAGAGAUAUAUUAAAGUAAUAUUAUCACUGGAUCUGCGGUACAAAUUGUUUAUGAUCUAUUUUACUUGUUUAAUAUGAUUCUUUAUUUUUUUAUUAUAUUUUCUCCAGUUUUUGCGAUGUUAAUAUAUUGAAUAAAAUUAUUGUAAUUAAACUUAAAUUGCAUAUGAAAAUUUGCUGAAAAUAAUUUUAAAUAUCUAAAUAAUUGAUGUGUGUGUAAUUUGGAUUUGUUUAAAAUAAUUUUAUUUAAUAUUGGUAACAUGUGUUUAAAUCAAUAUUAAAUAAUAUUUAAUUUGUUAUGAUAUUUUCAUUAACAAAUUGAAUAUUAAUUUAUGAUGUCAAUAAUGGCGUUUAUUAAUUUUAUUUUUGUAAUGUAGCAAGGAAUGUUGUGUUGAAUUCAAUUGCUAUCCACGUUUUAUAAGUAUUCACACUUUUAUAAGAAGUAGAAAUUAGGCGUUCGUCACCAUGAACACGGCUAGUCUUGCUAACGACAGUAUUAAACGCACUAUAGUCGUUUUUGACAAUAAUAAGUUAUAUUGCCAUAGACAUUAUUAUUACAUUUGAAUAUUAAAACUCAAAAUAUAUUUUUUAGAAUAUGCAAUAUAAAGAUAAGCAUACUUUUCUUCAAAAUAGAAUUUGAAUAUAUAUUAUUUGUUAUUGUAAUUGUUAUAAAAAUGAAUAUCAAUAUGAAUCGCAAAUUAAAAAAUAUAAGCAACUUUCCUGUAGUAAAUAUCUUUACGUGUACAUUUUCAAGAUCAAAUGUAAAUCGACGUUCUUAUUUGUAUGGCUCGACUACCUAUUGCAUGUUUCUUGUGGGAUGUAACACAAGAAGGAUGUCAGUCUUUAUUAUAAUGUCUAUGGCAAUAUAAAGUUUUACAAUUACGGAUUUAAAUAUCUUAUCCAUAGAUAGUAUAAUUCUAGCUUCAUACAUUUCUCUCUAUAUGCUGAAAUCGUAAUUUUUAUUAUAAUAUUAAAUCUGUAUCAGUGCCUAAGGACGGUCUCUGACUUACGUUCUUAAAAAUACCUUAAUAUUUAAUAAUUAUAGAAGUUAUCUUUGUAGACAACAAAAUGGUGGAGUUAAUUGUUAGUUACUUCCUAUAAUCUGUAUCUUUAAUUGUUGAUAAGGUGUAUUUAAGUAAUCUAGGCCAGCCCCAAUGUUAUUCAAUAUUUUAAAAUUUUACCUAUAUACAGAUUAUCGAAUCGGGAUCAUUUUUUUUAUUACAUGUUGUCAUACAAAAUCUUUCUAUUUAACUUUAGCGGUCUCAAUAUUUAUGUAACGGUUCGUAGCUUCAUAAUAUGGGAAAUUAAAUAUCUAUUAAUAGUAUUUUUAAAUUAUUAAUAUUGUGUUUUUAACGAAUUUUUUUGUCGUUUAAGGACUAUAUGUUACUAGUCAAUAUGUUACCAAAUAUUAGUUAAAUGUUAUAUUAAAUAACAUAGAUUGCAAAGUCAUAGACACGUUAUCCUUAAAAUAUUAUCGAAUCGUUUCCUCAUCACUAUCAAUAUUAUCAAUGAAAUAAAUCGAUUUUUUGUUAAUGAUCAAGGUCACACAGCAUCGGGAUUAUUCAAUUUUUAACUUAAAAGUUAUGACUAAUGCACACAGAAUAAUUAACUUUUUUU